AUGGAUUACACAUUCAAUAAAACCCUUCUUGUCAUCCUAUCCCUCUCUUCUCUUCUUCUAUCUUCCAAUGCCGUCCCUUCGACUCGAGUUAUUGAUUUAAUCUCCACAAGUGUUCCAGCUGCAGCCCCUAAAAGUUCCUUUGUAGAUUUCACCUCAACAAGAUUCCCAGCUAAAGCCCCUUCAAGUAUUGAUUUCAUUUCAACUAGUUCCCCAGCUGAAACCCCUUCAAGUGUUGAUUUCAUUUCCAAAAGUUUCCCAGCUGUUGACGCAUCAAACUCUCAUGUCGGCAACAUAGUAUCCAAAAUUGCUACAAAUGUCGCCAAAGUUGCCACAAAAGUCGAUCCUGAAAUCUUAAAAAUAUGUAACGAAGGAGGAGAUAAGACAGUUCGUUGUAUUGAAACCCUUUCGAAACUCUUUCAAGGUCCUUUUGAUGUCGUCAAGGCACUUGAGAUUGAGGUUAACACCACCCUCAGCACAGUCAAGACCUUAGUCGAUACUAUUGUCAGGUUGCGUAAUGACCCUAGCACCGACAAAAGAGCCAUUGAUGCCCUUGACAUAUGCCGAGACCAAUAUGAUAUGAUGUUGGAUUCAAUCAAUCAGGCAAUGGAGAUACUACCUCAACAAAAUUUUGUUGAUGCUUAUAACAAUAUGUGUGCUGUGAUAUCAUACAAUUCUGCAUGUCAGGAAGGUUGGGAUGAGUCUCCUGGGGUUGUAAGGCCAUGGGAUGUAGAACCUCUAAUUCAGUCGACUGUUAUCUGUGUGGACAUCUUGGACAACAUAGUUAAUAACCAUAAGUUUUAA